UAAACGUUGUCCCGUCAUUCUCAGAUAAAACGUUGAUCCUGUUUCAGACGGCUCCAUUUCUCUAGAGACGUUGCAGAGGCAGCAUGUUAUGAAAGGAAGAUUAUUGGACCAAAGCAGAGCAACACAUGGUUCCAGGUUGAGGUCAGGAUGGGGAACACCUCACCCAGGGUUCUGGUCUCACUCUUGCUGAACACACUGCUCUGCUGUGGACAAACUCACUGUAACUUCUGUGAUCCUACAUGUGGAUAUUCAUUGCUUGGUCAGUUUACUGGUAUUAAAAUUGAUUCCACAAUCUGUAGAAAGAGUUAACAAGAUGAUCAAUGAGGUUGUUAACAUGGGCAACAAAUUAUGAUUUUAUUGUGUAUUUAUUAAAAUAAGACAUCAAACAAUGGAUUAAAGGAUCUGCGCUAAAGCAUAAAGCCUUAUUUAACAGUUUUACCCAAAUUGGCUUCUGUUAGGUGGACAGGAAGUGUCAGUUCUCCAUGGUGAAACACAAAAGAUUGAAGUUAGAGGUUUUAAAAUACAAAAAUAAAAACAGUUUUUUUAGGUUGUUUUGAUAAAUUCAGUGCAACUUGUGUCAAAACAAAAGAUAGAUAGCAUUUAUUGUCAUUGAACAGAAUUCAACGAAAUUUCCAUAGCAGCUCCCGUGCAAAAGGUCAAAUAUAUACAGUAUAAUGCAAAAAAUAUUCCUCCGACACACAGAAUGUCAUCAUCAGGCCUGGAAAUCAGCAUGAGAAAGCCUUCUCUGCUCGUGUCAGGCUUGUUGUGCAGCGAUGUCACUUCCUGUGUUUGAACGGUGCAGAUAAAAUGAACAAAAUGUUUGCUUUUGACAGCAUGUGCACCAACUUCUCUUUUUUGUAGUUUUUUUUAACUUAAUUUUAAACUAAUCUUUUACUUGAUGAGAAAAUUCUAUAUAUUAGAAAGUUCACUAAUGUAAUAAUUUGCUAAAUCUGUUAUCUUCAUUCUCUCCUAUUUACAUUAGGUUUUUAAGAAUUUUUUGUUUGUUUUGCACAUCAUAUCUUCCUCUAGUUUUUGAGCAAAUAAAUCUUUUAAGCUAAACUGAACAUGACCUUUAAACAAAUGGUUACCUAAAACCGUUUAACUGGGUUAUGUCUUUUCGUGAGUCACCUUAGUUUAAAGAAGUUAAACUAAGUGUCAAAACACUGUGUGGGAAGUGUCAAGAUAUUUGUGGUAGUACUUAUUCUUUAGCUAUGAUGUUUUUCAGAUGAAGAUAAAAAAAAGUGACCAUGAGCUCACAGAACAGGAAACUAGAGCUGCUGAUCGGAAAUUUUGGUGAUAUGAAAAGAACGUGUUAGUGUCAGAGCUGGACGUUACGAAGCGACACUCUGUGCUUGUUUGUGAACUUUUAACAUUAAUAAUGACAAAAGUUUUAGGUUUUAUUUUAGUGAUGAGUGCACUUCUCUGCUGCGGACAUGCUGAAGGUAUUUUCUCUUUUAUUCUUCAUAUUUAUUUAUAAUCUCAGGAUGAACCACGUCUGUAUAAACUGCAUGAUAAAUGUGCUAAAUGUGUUGUGCUGCGUUUUAGGCGCAAUUCUGACUAUUGAUCCCAACUGGUCGACUUUUCAUCCUGGAGAGAGAGUGACGUUCAUUUGUGACAUGAAUGAAGGCAAAGACACCGACUGGGAAUAUGAGAUAAAAAGAAAUAGAGAACAAAUUCUUCACUCCAACCCACACAAAAGCUUCACAUUACUACCUAUCCAAAUCGAUCACGGUGGUGAAUACCAGUGCUGUGGACACAGGAAGAGCUCUGAUGAUACCAAGUGCAGUGAUACUGUCUCUUUAACUGUCACUGCUCAACCCAGAGCCACACUGACUGCAGGUCCUACAACCAUACCAGUAGGGGGCAGUGUGACACUGAGCUGCUUUCUGCCCCCUACUGGUGGAUGGAAAUACAAAUGGUUCAGAAAGACCAAAAACACACCUGAAGUUCAACUCACUGAUGAAGAAAACAGAGAUAUUAAUGUAGCACAAGCAGGAAUAUACCGAUGUCUGGGAAUGAGAGGAAAUGAAAACUAUCACAGUCUUGUAAGUGACGAAGUCAACAUCACAAUAAGCUUUUCCAAUGAGGUUGUUGUGACUCGACAACCAAACCGGCCUCAGAUGUUCAGUGGUGAGUCGAUCACUCUGACAUGUGAGGUCCAGGGAGGAGAAACCACUGAGUGGACCUGUGAAUGGUGGAGAGAUGGGAAAACUGUAAAAGUGGGAAAUAAUAAACACCUGACUGUCAGUGUUAAUGAGUCCAGCAGUGAAGAGUACAUGUGUCAGUGUAGACGCAGAGACGACUGGUUUUCUGAGACAAAGUGGAGUGAAAAGAUCCCAGUGUCUGUGUCAGUAACAGUGUCCACUCCUGUCAGCUCUUCAUCUGAUGUCCUUAUGAUCAUCGGACCUGUCGGUGGAAUCCUCCUGGUUCUUCUUCUGGUGUUACUGUGGUACUACAGGCGGUCCAAAGAUUUACGCUGCCGCGGGUGGAAGCUGUUAAAAAUCAGCUGCGGAGUAAAUAAUGGAUUCAACAAGAAUGACACUGAUGAGAGCAGCUCUCCUCUGCAUGGUGACGAUCAUAUCUACGAGUCGGUCAACUUCUCAGACUCCAGUGGAAAUGUGGCAGACAAACCCAGAGAUGCAACCUACUCUCUCAUUGAACUGAAAAACUUUGGGAAAGAGAGUAUCCCAAAUGAACCAGUAGAGGGCGCUGUUUACUAUCGUCUGGAAUCAGGAAUGAAAGGUAGGGGGCGCCCUGGAGCAAAAGAAGAGGCUGUUUAUUCUGAAAUCAACUCAGGACCAGAGAACAAUAACACCAUCUAGGUGUAGUUCAGUCUACAGCUUCUAACUCAUGUCAUUUUUGUAGGAUCUAUUGUGACAAGCCAAAUAUUAACCUUUCAUAAAACUGAUUUUAGCUGUUGCUUUGUAUGUGUUAAAAUAAUCCCUCUCAACAUUCCCAGUUAUUUAUUAUUCUGGUAAUUCUGCUUUACUUUGCUUUAAUAUACAGAGUGAGUAUAUUAGUUACACACUCUGUAUAAAAAUACAUGAUUCAUGAAAUCAAACAAAACUUUUCCUGUUUUGAGUUAAUUAAAAUUACUCAAAUUCUUUUUAAUUUCUCAACAGUACAAUGGUAAACAUGGGGGAUAUGUAAAAACACUUCUUUCCUUUAAAUUCAAAAGUUUAUUUUUUUUUUAGUAUUUGGAAGAACUGUCCUUUAACUGUAUGAAUUAGGUAAAUGUGUAAAUUUGGUGUCUUUCUGUUUGCUUCUCAAAGUGGUUUUCUGGAAUUUUAAGCAAAUGUGAGUAGUGGAACAUGAGUAUUUUUAUGAUUAAAGUUCAGUAUUAACAAAUGACAAACAGUACAGACCAAACGUUUGGACACACCUUUUAAUUCAAUGAGUUUCCUUUAUUUU